CAUGCACGUUUAUUUUAUUUUCUUCCCAAAGAAAAAACACCUAACUUUACCUCCCCAGCUAUUCCUUUGCCUUUUCCCAAUCUUCUUUUGCUUCUCCCUGGCAGGCACUGCCUCCUCCAUCAUCCUCCCAGAGCAGCCUGCAGCCAGAGAGCCAGUUCACCCCCAUGUAUCCCGCUGCUGCAGAGAUCACGCCCAGCUUCUGCGCCUGCAGCUCCAACAGCAGCUGCAGCAGGAGCUGCAGUGCGAACGGCUACUGCUAGUUCUCCUUCCCCUUCCUUCCUUGCCCGGCCCCUUUCUUCUUCUGCCGCUGCCGCUGCCUCCUCGUCUUCCUGGAGCUUCCCGUAUCCACACAUACCCCAAGAACCAAACAAAUAAAGAAACGAAAUCACCGGAGUCUUCUUCUUCUACUACUAUUUCUAGCCAUUUUAUUAUCUGGAUGUAUGCACAGAUGCAUGUAGAUAGGUAGAAGAAAGAAGAUUAUAGCUAGAGAGGUACUCGCUGCUUGGCUGCUGGGCAGGCGAGCUACAGCAAAGAAGAAGAUUGGGAGUGAGGAGCCGCGGGCAUGGAGGAUCUGUACAGCAUCCACCCGGGGAUCUCGCGCGCCGGGGGCGGAGGCGCCGCCGCCGCGGCCAGCGAGGCGUCAGGUGUCGCCGGCGGAGCGGGCUCGCCCCCACCGCCCCCGCCGCAGCCUUCCCCGCCGGCGGCGGAUCUGACGGAGCUUGUCAAGGCGCAGAUCGCCGGGCAUCCGCGCUACCCAUCCCUACUCUCCGCCUACAUCGAGUGCCGCAAGGUGGGCGCGCCGCCGGAGGUGGCCACGCUGCUGGAGGAGAUCGGCCGGGAGCGGUGCGCCGCCGCGGCCGCCGGCGGGGAGGUCGGCCUGGACCCCGAGCUCGACGAGUUCAUGGAGGCCUACUGCGGCGUGCUGGAGCGCUACAAGGAGGAGCUGUCGCGGCCGUUGGACGAGGCGGCGUCCUUCCUCAGCAGCAUCCGGACGCAGCUCAGCACCCUCUGCGGCGGCGCCGCCUCGCUCUCCGAUGAAAUGGUAGGGUCCUCGGAGGACGAACCAUGCUCGGGAGAUACAGAUGCGACCGACCUGGGCCAGGAGCACAGCUCGCGCAUGGCUGACCGUGAGCUCAAGGAGAUGCUGCUGAAGAAGUACAGUGGCUGUCUCAGCCGCUUGCGGUCCGAGUUCUUGAAGAAGAGGAAGAAAGGGAAGCUACCGAAGGACGCUCGAUCGGCUCUGAUGGACUGGUGGAACACGCACUACCGCUGGCCGUACCCUACGGAAGAGGAUAAGGUGAGGCUGGCGGCAGUGACCGGCCUGGAUCCGAAGCAGAUCAACAACUGGUUCAUCAACCAGCGGAAGCGGCACUGGAAACCGUCUGAGGACAUGCGUUUCGCGCUCAUGGAGGGCGUCACCGGAGGCGGAUCCUCCGGGACGACGCUCUACUUCGACACGGGCACGAUCGGGCCGUGAACGAGGCUGACACGCAUUCCCGCAGGAAAAAGGCACACAUUUACUGGCAACUGGGACGCAUGGAUCGCGCUGCACCGCACCGCACCGGUUGUGUGAUGGGCAAUUGUUGGUUGAUAUGAAGAUUAGUCACAUUGAACAAAUAACCGCGUCAUUUUGUCGGAUUAUUGUGUAUAUGGGCGACAACGUGCCGGGACACAGUAUCUACAAGGGAGUUGCUGUUCAGGUGGCCUGUAAAAACUCUGUCUGGUAGUACCAUAACAUGAAUUACUACCUAAUUGUAUGUACGCCCAUUGAUCACCCGAUUAUUAAAUCUAAAAUAUACUGGAACUGGGAAUUGGAAAUUAGAA